AUGGCGGACGUGCUACCAGACGAUCCUGCCUCGGGGGUGCAGUCCUCAUCAGAAGACCAACGAGCUGAGAUGCCCGUGGAGUCCUUGGUUCAGGGUCGCGCGAAGCGAAGCACAGCCGGUCGGCACAUGGCCGCUCUGAUUGAUGCAGCUGCCGACGAUGACCUGACACUCCUGUUCGAAGAGGUGGAGGAUGACCAGGAGUUCGCAAUGGAUGUGGAGGCGGCGGAGGACGAAGAUGUGGGACUUGAUUCGUCCUCAGAUGACGAUGACGACCAGGGUCCCGCGGCCCCGGAGGACUAUGAAGGCGAGAAAGAACUACAGAAACAGGAACGCCGAAAGCGGCGCGCCCAAAACGACUUGCGAUUCCAAACUCUUCGAAAACGAGUCAAGAUUGACCCAACCGCCGCCUCCUCCGUCCCUGCUCCCGCGCCCCAGGAUGGCCCCACACGAUCUUCUUCACGUCGACAGACAAUGGUCAAUAAGGAACUCACGCAUGCUCGACUGAAGGACAGUCAGGAGAAGCGUAUCCGAAUCAUUGCUACGAUGAAAGAGGCAGAAAAGCGCAAAGCCCACCUGAAACCAAAGGAGAUGACCCAGGAAGACCAUCUUGCAGAGGCAGCUCGGGUGGAACGCACAAACAGCAAAAGCUUGAACCGGUGGGAGCUGUCAGAGAAGAAGAAGGCAGAGGAAAGGAAAGCCAAGAUCGAGGCUCUACAAAACAGACGACUUGAGGGCCCCGUAAUUUCUUACUGGAGCGGAGUGGCCACCUGGGUCGAUGGGAAAUUGACAAAGGUGGGAAAAGUCGAGAUCAAAGCGAAGCCUGAAAAGGAAGAGCCUCGGAAGAAGAAAAAGGAAAAGGAUGAGAAGUCCGCCUCGGUGUCUCAGAGCGGACUGCCUGCAAUGUCUGGCGCAGCAGCCGGAGCUACAGUGCCCGUUACAGAUGAUCAUGCGCCAGACCCUGCUGUAACAGCCGCAGUCGGAGUUGCACCCACUGAUACCAUGAUAUCAAGUCAUGUACAGGUUGUUGUGUCGAGCAAAGAAGCCGCUAAGGGGAAAGCCCCCGUUGACAAAGCUGCCGACGCGGAGACUACCGAAAGAAGGCCCGGCGACGAGCAAGCUGCAGAAGGCCAGCAACACCUUCCAGCACCGGCAGGGCCUGAGCAUUCCACGACAACUGAAAACCAGCCCGGUGUCAAUGCUGGUGAUAAACGUUCGGCCACACCCGUCGCCAUAACAGUACCCGACGGCAGCUCAGAUACCAAACAGCAAGCUCAAGAGAGUCAAGCUGGUGCUGAUAAUCUCCUCGGGAGUGAGACCCAGGAUAGUGGAACCAACACCACCAACGCGUCUGCGUCUGCGCUGCCCAAGGACCAAGUCAUGUCCAGUACAAAUCCUCAUAACCCCACGCCGGAGGAGCAGGUUGAGAAAGCCAUUGACAGGCCCGGGGAAGAGCCUAAUGCGAUGGAAAUUGAUCCAAAGCCAGAAACCAAGCCCGUCCAUGAAAAUGACUCUCAGCAACAAGAACAGAAAUCAACGCCACCGGCACCUGCUGCUACUGCGGCAAGCGCGCCUCGGGACCCUGGCACUCUCGACCACAUGGAGAAGUCCAUUGAGGCACCAUUUUUCAGCGAUGCGGCUACUGGGCCUUCGGGCCAAAAAGAGGGGCAAAGGUUGACCACAGGUGGUGUUGCUGCCCCGGCCCCUGCACCUGCGUCUGCGCUUGCACCUGAACAUGCAGGCUCCCGAGCGUCUGGGGUGUCUGGCCCUGAUGCUCCAGAGUCUUCUCAAACCCCUUACACUCAGGUCUCGCUCAGCUCGGCAGCUCCCCCAGCUGUCACGUUGGCCGACAUUGUCGAACCUCCAAAGCAGGAUUCCGCCCCAAACCAACAGGAACCGCAAGGAGAGCGCAUCAAUGUGAACAAUCUCCAAGAAUCAACCCAGCCACACGAAGCCACACUUACGGCCGGACAGCCCGAGGUGCCCGCAGCUCCAACGGCCCCGCCCGUGAUUGAACACACGGGCCGCAUUUUAACAAUCUUGGAGAAUUUUGACGACCGGACCGCGCAGAGCAAGAAGUUCAGCAUGUACUUUAAUGCCAAGAAGCCGCCCCGUUUGACCAAAAUAUCUUCCUCGUUGUGCGUGAUCACUUCACUGCCAUCGCGGUAUCGUGAUCCGGAAACCUCGCUACCGUACGCGAACUCUUUCGCAUACAAACAGAUCCGCCGAAUGUUGUCGCAAGGCUAUAUAUGGAGCUCAAUGCUGGGUUGUUUUGUUGGACCAGGCGGAAUCGCUGCGCGUGGCGUGCCUGGUCGAUUCCUCGGCAAGGAAACCGACGGAGACGAUGAGAAGGAAAAAGACAAAGAGAAAGACGAGGGAGAGAAGGGAAAGGCCGAUAAACCCGCUCCCGGAUCUGAAGGCGAUUCAAAAUCUAAUCCUAUGGAUGUUGACGCAUGA